GCCAAGCCCAGCCCGUUAUCGCUUGGACAAACCCUGGGUUGCUUUCUUCCGGGGGUCAGCACUCUGUUUGGGACCCUCUCCCUCCCUCCCUUAGGGCAGCAGAACGCCCCCACUCUCCCGGCCCUGCCUUUGAGUGGAGCACCUGCCAGGAGCAAGUGCUGGGGAAGCUUGGCGGGCGCAGCAGGGACUCGCCCUAGCGCAGCUCCGGAUGCGGCCGCGCCCGCAGGGCCCCGGACCCCGGCUUCCAGGAGCGCUUCUUCCAGCAGCGUCUGGACCACUUCAACUUCGAGCGCUUCGGCAACAAGACCUUCCCCCAGCGCUUCCUGGUGUCGGGUUCUGGGUCCGGGGCGAGGGGCCCAUCUUCUUCUACACUGGAAACGAGGGCGACGUGUGGGCCUUCGCCAACAACUCGGGCUUCGUCGCGGAGCUGGCGGCCGAGCAGGGGGCUCUACUGGUCUUCGCGGAGCACCGCUACUACGGGAAGUCGCUGCCGUUCGGUGCGCAGUCCACGCAGCGCGGGCACACGGAGCUGCUGACGGUGGAGCAGGCCCUGGCCGACUUCGCAGAGCUGCUCCGCGCCCUACGACGCGACCUCGGGGCCCAGGAUGCCCCCGCCAUCGCCUUCGGUGGAAGUUACGGGGGGAUGCUCAGCGCCUACCUGAGGAUGAAGUAUCCCCACCUGGUGGCGGGGGCGCUGGCGGCCAGCGCGCCCGUUCUAGCUGUGGCAGGCCUCGGCGACUCCAACCAGUUCUUCCGGGACGUCACGGCGGACUUUGAGGGCCAGAGUCCCAAAUGCACCCAGGGUGUGCGGGAAGCGUUCCGACAGAUCAAGGACUUGUUCCUACAGGGAGCCUACGACACGGUCCGCUGGGAGUUCGGCACCUGCCAGCCGCUGUCAGACGAGAAGGACCUGACCCAGCUCUUCAUGUUCGCCCGGAAUGCCUUCACCGUGCUGGCCAUGAUGGACUACCCCUACCCCACUGACUUCCUGGGUCCCCUCCCUGCCAACCCCGUCAAGGUGGGCUGUGAUCGGCUGCUGAGUGAGGCCCAGAGGAUCACGGGGCUGCGAGCACUGGCAGGUGCCCUUCCCCCGGCCCCAGAUGGGCAAGUGUGGAGACCCCAGGCUUGGCUUGGGUCCUGGGUUUGCCUCCUGCCCCAGGGCUGUGGUGGGGUGGACAGCACGACCUUCCCAGAAACCCUGGGGGAGGCAGGGGCCGUCCCUGGGGACCCUCUCAGCACUGGCUGUAGCCAGGCCCAGCUUGGUAGGUGCUGCUCAAGGGGCCCCUGGGGUCCCCAGCAUGGAGGGCAACAGAGGGCAGCAGGCCCCACCCUGCCCCGUGGAGAGUGGGAGGGCCCUCAACAGUCAGGCCCAGGGCUGGCAGCACAGAUACCGCCGACCUCCAAGCAGGUAGCCUGGAGGGCCUUCCUCACUGGGACCUACAGAUCCCAGAGCCCCAGAUCCCCUGCAGGACCAUUCCGAGGGGGGACAGGUUGGUGGCCGGAGCCCGCGGUGUGUCUGUGUGUGGCUGCUGGGCCCCAGCGCCUCUCCUCCCCAGGGCUGGUCUACAACGCCUCGGGCUCCGAGCACUGCUACGACAUCUACCGGCUCUACCACAGCUGUGCUGACCCCACUGGCUGCGGCACCGGCCCCGACGCCAGGGCCUGGGACUACCAGGCCUGCACCGAGAUCAACCUGACCUUCGCCAGCAACAAUGUGACCGAUAUGUUCCCCGACCUGCCCUUCACUGACGAGCUCCGCCAGCGGUACUGCCUGGACACCUGGGGCGUGUGGCCCCGGCCCGACUGGCUGCUGACCAGCUUCUGGGGGGGUGAUCUCAGAGCCGCCAGCAACAUCAUCUUCUCCAACGGGAACCUGGACCCCUGGGCAGGGGGCGGGAUUCGGAGGAACCUGAGUGCCUCAGUCAUCGCCAUCACCAUCCAGGGGGGAGCGCACCACCUCGACCUCAGAGCCUCCCACCCAGAAGAUCCUGCUUCCGUGGUUGAGGCGCGGAAGCUGGAGGCCACCAUCAUCGGCGAGUGGGUAAAGGCAGCCAGGCGUGAGCAGCAGCCAGCUCUGCGUGGGGGGCCCAGACUCAGCCUCUGAGCACAGGACUGGAGGGGUCUCCAGGCUCCUCAUGGAGUGGGGGCUUCACUCAAGCAGCUGGCGGCAGAGGGAAGGGGCUGAAUAAACGCCCGGAGGCCUGGC